AUCUCGAUCGAGUACUCAAGUGUGGUAGAAGGAUGGCUUUUCGCCCGUUUCAUCCAUCUGCAGCUGACAGUAAAGGCAAGGUCAGAUACUAGUAACUGGAGAUGGUGAGCGUAAAGAGUGGGAAUUCGAGAGAGAGGCUCCCCUAAACACUAGAAGCUGAGGUAGCCGGGCUAUAUGGCAUCUAAGUGGGAUAAAGAAUUAGCAAGUGAAAUCUGUGCUUGGAUUCAGAGGGCCACCGAAGAAUCUGUACCCUCGGGCGAUCCAACUUCAUUUGCUGAGAAGUUGGACGAUGGUCAAAUACUUUGCAGACUAGCCAACAAGAUAAAACCUGGCUCAAUAAAGAAAGUCAACAAAAUGAAAAUGCCGUUUCAAAAGAUGGAAAACAUCGGGUUUUUUAGUGAUUUUAUGAGAGAGUACGGUGUGCAAGCGGAGUAUGGAUUUGUUACAGUAGAUCUGUACGAAAAACAGAACGUUCCACAGGUUCUUAUUGCGUUGAAAUGGCUGAAAGUAGAGGCGGAGAAAAAAGGUGUCAAAAUAUGAGGAAUCAUUUUUCAAGCUCCCUGUGGCGUACCAAUAAUAGUUUUCUCAUGGAAAUGACUUAUUGUAGAAUUUAUUUUGCUUUAGUCUCAUGAAACAUCACACGGUUUCAGAGAUAAAACAUUGUAAUGUUGUGGAUAUAGGAGGGAUUGUUUGGUUUCUUUUUUUGGAAGACUCGCCCUGUCGUAGUUUCAGUGUAAAAGUACUGGAUUGUUAACGCACAGUAUUAUAUUUACUUUGUAAUUUACCUUUUCCGUCGUUAACAUGAAGAUACAUCAACUUUAAUUUGUUGUCAAAAGCGCAGUUGUUUAGUUAGAAAAGUAAUCUUCUUUUUAAGAGUGAAGUAAGAAAGUUAUGAAAGUUACCUUAAGAUGUGACGAAUUAUGUUACCGCACAGGGGAAAGAGUUACCUUUGUCAAACGCAGGAAAACUGUCACACGAAACAAAAUAAACAAUGACUUUAUUGAUCUA